AUGUGGCAUAAAACAAUUCGUACCAGGAAAGCCAAAUCCUACUGGUCUGUUUUGACAAAUGCCAAUGGAUUAGUAUGCAAUUUUGAUGUAUAUCAAGGAGUAACAACAUAUCCUCGAUAUGAUAAUACUACCCUUGGUUUAGGGGAGAAAGCCGUGUUGAAUUUAGUUGGCGAUCUUUUGUCUGCUGGUCACAAACUUUACUUCGACCGUUACUUUAUGACCCCGAGGCUUGCACGAGAGCUGAAAGAAAGAGAUAUUCUAUGUACCGGAACGAUAAUGAAAAAUAGGAUCCCAAUUGCAGCUAGAGAGACGAUUAAAGAAGACCGUGAAAUGAAAAGAGAAGGUCGCGGUUCAUGUCAAGUAUUGGUGAACACUUCAGAAAAUAUGGCCAUAACAAAAUGGUACGAUAAUAAAAGAGUUACUAUGUUAUCAACGAUGUACGCUAAAGACCCAACAGAUACAUGUGCCAGAUGGCAAAAAUCAGAGCGACGAUAUAUUCAAAUAGAAAGACCCAAGGUUGUUCAAGCCUAUAACCACAACAUGGGUGGUGUAGACCUUGCAGACCGAAUGCUCUCGAUGUAUCCAUACCGUUAUCGUACCAAAAAGUGCACACAACGGGUGUUUUCACAUUUAAUUGACCUGGCUGCUUCUAAUGCUUGGAUUCUAUAUAAAAAAGAUAAACUCGCAGAGGCCAUUCCUGUUAAAAAAAUACAGCAUCUUCGUGACUUCAAGCUGGAAUUAGGAGAAAAUUGGAUUGAGAAAUACACAGAAACGUCAGGAUCUGAAACUCAAACAGAGACAGAGUCAGAAACAGAUAAAGAUGAAAAACCAAAAAAAAAGAGAGGAAGACCUGCAACUGUGGACCUCCCUCCACCUGAAAAAAGGACCAGAAGAGCCCGACAUAUGCCGCAAAUGAUGGAUACUCGAAACAAAUGUAGACACUGCCAUAUAAUGAAGACCACCGUAAAAUGCACGAAGUGUAACAUCUAUUUAUGUUUACGAAAAGAAAGAAAUUGUUUCAAAGAUUUCCACUCCUAA